GCGCCGGCGGCCUGUGCCGAGGGGGAGCGCUGAGGCGCGGGGGCCCGGGCGGUGUCUCCGGUGCCCGGAGCAGGAUGUAUACUCUGUUGUCUGGACUCUAUAAAUACAUGUUCCAGAGGGAUGAGUACUGCGUCUUGAUCCUUGGUUUGGACAAUGCUGGUAAAACAACCUUCCUUGAACAAACUAAAACUCGAUUUAACAAGAACUACAAAGGAAUGAGUUUGUCCAAAAUCACAACCACUGUAGGCUUAAACAUUGGUACUAUUGAUGUUGGCAAAACUCGGCUAAUGUUCUGGGAUCUUGGAGGACAGGAAGAGCUACAGUCUCUUUGGGACAAGUAUUAUGCUGAGUCUCAUGGAGUGAUCUAUGUUAUUGACUCCACUGAUGAGGAGAGGCUCUCAGAAUCUAAAAAAGCUUUUGAGAAAAUGGUUACUAGUGAAGCUCUGGAAGGGGUUCCUAUUCUGGUAUUAGCUAACAAGCAGGAUGUAGAGACCUGUCUGUCAAUACCUGAUAUCAAGACUGCAUUUAGUGACUGCAUUAACAAAAUUGGAAAGAGAGAUUGCCUGACACAAGCCUGCUCUGCUCUUACUGGCAAAGGAGUGAAUGAGGGAAUUGAAUGGAUGGUGAAGUGUGUGGUGAGGAAUAUUCACCGACCCCCAAGACAGAAGGACAUCACGUAAGAAAUUCCAAGUUAGUCAAGCAACGGACACCCUCUUUCCAUGCAGUUUCCUGUUCUCUUUAAAGAAGAAGGUCCACAGGAUUCCUCUUAAACCUGAUUCUUUCCUAAGUUUAUUUGGAAACAAACAUUCUCUUUCUGUGUCGGGGGGAAAAAAAAUUGAGCAAAGGAUUCUAACUGUGAGGAAAAAAAAAUCCCUUGCAUUGUGUAUUAAGUCAUUGGCCAGAGAGCAUAGACUUCCCAAAGGCUGAGUGGCAAUCCACACUUUGUUGCCGAUGCAAAGGACUUAAUUUUCUACUGUAUUGCUGUGUGAUUCUUAGUCUGUUAAUCUAACAGGGGCUAGAGGCCAGUGAAAUGGAACUCCCCCUUGAAGGAACUGGGUAGGUGAAUCUGAAAGGAGAGGGGGAGCCUGGAGGAUGGCUGUCCUUUUAACCGAGCUAAUACCUCACUGUUCCAGCCCCAUGGUUACUCUACAUGGUGUUAUUGGCCCUCUUAUGCUGUUGUUUGUAUAAUGAGAAGAGACGAUGAUUACAACUCAAUUUUCAGUGGGCACGUUGAUUCGUGACUUUUACCUGUGGUAAAUGCAGACAUGGAAGCCAGCAACUGCACAAUGGUACACUGCUUAUAAUGGGUAUUCUUAACAGGAUGUGACCUUCAGAAGUGCUGCUGAUCUCUGUUGUGCAGUCUCUAAUGGUAAGAAUAAUUGGUAUUUUCUGUAACCAGAGGGAAUUGUGGUCCUCUCUGUAUUUUCUGGGCUGAAAGCUAAAUGUCUAGGCAGGGAGAAAUCAGUAUGCAAUAAAGGGUCCUACUACUUUAAACUUC